AUGAGCACUUCCCACCCACUUCCCUCGGACCUCUUGGAGUCCCAGAUAUCAACUCUUGAUCUCUUGCUAGCCAUGUUCCCUGACGAGAACGAAUUCGGAAUUUCUCAAUUAGAUCUUGAUUUGAUAACGAAUGUCCGCGACAAUGGUAGCGAGAAUAUCACAUCCACACCUUCAGAGAUCAAUCUAUCUCUACACAUCCAUCUGGACCCAACACAUUCGAUCCAAGUCAACAUCACAGCACCAUUACGGACCACAGAAUCUGAUCCAUCGGAAGCUCCACCCUUGACAUUCUCCCUUCGUCAACCAACAUGGCUUGAUAAAGCCGCUCUCGCAACUCUAACGUCCACCCUUCCUGAGGAUAUCUUUAGCGCACUAGACCACCUCCGAGAUGAAGCGCCCUCACUCCUCCCCACUUACACCCCCACCACCGAAGACCCAGUAUCCUCAGACCCCUUGGUACGAGUAUGGUUCUACUUCCCCUCCCUCAGCACCCGCGAAAAGCGCCUCCACAUGGUCCUCUGGGCACCCUCCUACUCCCUAACCGGCUUCGUGCUGGCCGGAAAACCCGGUCUUUUAUGCCUAGAAGGUACAUCACCCUCAAUCUCCGCCUAUAUGAAUGAGAUCAAAACAGUCUCUUGGAGUGACAUUCCUCCGCAUCAGAAAAAGGUUACAGAGAGAUAUCGGGAAGAGGGUGAUGAGGUCAAAAGGGCUUUUGAGGAUAUGAGUGAGAUUACGGCUAUGGUGGGGGAGAAGCAUGGUGCGAGGCAGAAUAGAGGGGAUAUGGCUGCUAUUGAGAAUUGGCUCAAGGUAAAGGGGUUGGGGCACAUGUUUGAGAGUGUGAUAUUGCAGAGUUAG